AUGCUGCAAAAGGUGCUGCUGAUGGGCAAAUCGGGCGCGGGCAAAACGUCGAUGCGCUCCAUCAUCUUUGCCAACUACCUCGCGCGCGACACCAUGCGGCUCGGCGCGACGAUUGACGUGGAGCACUCGCACGUGCGGUUCCUCGGCAACCUCGUGCUCAACCUGUGGGACUGCGGCGGGCAGGAGGCCUUCAUGGAGAACUACUUCGAGUCGCAGCGCGACCACAUCUUCCGCAACGUGCAGGUGCUCAUCUACGUCUUUGACAUCGAGUCGCGCGAGCUCACAAAGGACAUCGAGUACUACGGCUCGUGCCUCGCCGCGAUGCGCCAGAACUCAAAGUCGGCAAAGAUCUUUUGCCUGGUGCACAAGAUGGACCUUGUGCCGGACGAGCAGCGCGAGCAGGUCUUCCGCCAGCGCGAGCGCGAGCUGCAGGCCGUCGCCUCGCGGCUGGAGCUCGAGAUCUCCUGCUUCAAGACGUCGAUCUGGGACGAGACGCUGUACCGCGCGUGGUCGCAGAUGGUGCACGCGCUCAUCCCGAACCGCGACUCGCUGCAGACCCACCUCGACAAGCUGUGCGCGGUCUGCCAGGCGGACGAGGUGGUUCUCUUUGAGCGCGCCACCUUCCUCGUGAUCUGCGACGCGGUGCGCGCGGCGCACGAGGACGUGCACCGCCACGAAAAGAUCUCAAACAUCAUCAAGCAGUUCAAGCUCUCGUGCUCUAAGACGCAGGCGCAGUUUGCAACCAUGCAGGUUCGAAACGCGCGCUACUCGGCCUUCAUCGAGGGGUUCACCUCGACAACCUACGCGAUGGUCAUCGUCUCCGACGCGAGCAUACAGCCCGCCACCACCCUCAUAAACAUCGAGGCGAGCCGCGCGCACUUUGAGUCGCUCAUCGCGCAGCUCAAGCUGUAG